AUGAGUGAGGUGUGUGUCCGUGUGGCGGUACGUGUACGCCCCCUGCUCCCCAAAGAAGUCCUCCACAACCACCAGGUGUGUAUACGGGUGGUGCCGGGCUCCGCUCAGGUGAUGCUCGGCUCCGACCGACUCUUCUCCUUCGAUCAUGCGUUUGGACCGACAUCCAGCCAGGAUGAGGUGUAUGAGUCCUGCGUCCUGCCGCUGGUGGAGACCCUGCUGGACGGAUACAACGCCACCGCCUUCUGCUAUGGACAGACCGGGUCAGGGAAGACAUACACGCUGGGAGGGGGGAGCCUAGAUAAGGAGGGUGGUAUUAUCGACCACGUUGCCCAGGAUGUGUUCUCGUUUUUGGGGAAGAAAAGGAACAGCAGUGAGACUGAGGAGGCAACAGUGAGAGUCUCAUAUAUGGAGCUGUACAGAGAGGAGCUGCGAGAUCUGUUGGAGCCCCACACUAUUCAUAAAGAGCUUCAUAUCAGAGAGGACGACAAGGGAAACACAGUUGUGGUGGGAGCCAAAGAGAUGGUUGUCACCUCAGCAGAGGAGCUACUCAGUGUUCUAGAGAUGGGCAAUGCCCUGCGCCACACUGGCACCACAGGAAUGAACGAGCACUCCAGUCGUUCUCACGCCAUCCUCAUCCUUCAGCUCACUCAGCAUAGCCACAACGACUUCUCCUUAAACUCAUUCCACUCCUCUAAACUCUGUCUGGUUGAUCUCGCAGGCAUGGAGCGUGCUGGAAAAAGUGGAAACACAGGGACACGGCUCAAAGAGUCUGUUCAUAUCAACACAGGCCUGCUCACAUUGGGCAAUGUCAUCCGUGCCCUCUCUGAUCCUGGUCGCAGUCGCCGUGGGAACACCUGCAGCAGUGCACACAUACCAUACCGUGAUGCCAAAAUCACUCGUCUGCUCCGUGAUUCAUUGGGAGGCACCGCUCAUACACUGAUGGUGGCAUGUGUAAGCCCCUCCCACCACAGCAUAGCUGAGACACUGAGUGUCCUGCAGUUUGCAUCCAAGGCUCGUCACAUUCGCAACCGUCCUAGAGCAGAAUCUUGUAAUCCAGAGGUUAAAUCAUGUCCUACAAUGUGGGACCCCAGUGAAGCUCGACUAGGGGAGCUGGAGUAUGAAAUACAGACACUGAGAGAGAUACUGGAAGAGAAGGAGAGAGGGAUGGAGAUCGAAAGGGAGAAGAUAGGUGGAAGAACUGGAGGGGAGGACAGCUUUAAACAGUCCAGUCAGACUCAGAUUUCUCAGCCAGAUAAGAAGGUGAGCCAAGAGGAACCAUUGCAAUACCGCCUCCUGGUACAUGAGGCUGCAGCUCUACUUGCAGAGACCUGUGGAUCCACUCCAAAUCAUUCUUUCAGACUGCAACUGCAGGAUUGGCAGGAAAGACUCAGAGCUGUCAACAAUGUACAUAAAACUGACGAUCAGGACUAUUCAGAGGAAAAACUCCACUAUGUCACCAUAUCACAGCUCAGACAAGAACUCAAGAAAUGCCAGGAAGCUCUCACCAUAGAGGAACAAUUAUUGGAGCAGAAAAAUGCAGAACUGAGACAGGUGGAAAAAGAUGUAGAGAAACUUCUCCAAGAGAGAAAAACCCACCUCCAAACCUUAGAGGAAGAAAAGGAACAUACUCGUAUACAGGCUGAGCAGCUGGUAGAUCAGCAGAUCUUCAUUGAUCGUUUGCGCUGCGACCUCAUGACCUUUAGACGUGCAACUUCAGGGGCUUCUGGGGACUCAGGCCAGAGACCUCAGAGUGUCCCUGUGAUCAGACAUAGCUGUGGACACAGGCCUCCUAGGAAGAUCCACUCCAGUCCCCCAGCCUAUUCACUGGAGAGGGUGAUGGCAGCAUUUAAGAUGCGUGGUCACCUCCUGCUGGCUGAGAUUGAGGAAAAGGAUGAGGUGUACUCUCCAUUCAUAAAACCACAGACUAAGACCAAAGACAGGGAUCAAGAGAAGGAAGAUGAUGACUUUGUGAGCAGAAUGGGAUUUAGGCGCUCUUUGAAUCGUACGUGGACCACUCGGCAGAAAAAAUCAGCUCUGGAAGAAGAAAACACUAAACUGGACCAGAUAUCUAAUGGAAUCCCAUCAGUACAACAAGCCCAGCAAACCACAGGUAAACUUGAAAGUGUCAGCGUCACUGAGAGAAGGAUCCAAGCACUUUCAGUCAACAUACACAUGAAAGAGGAGCUCAUCAAAGAGCUUGAUAAAACUGACAAGGAGACACAAGCAGUGGGGGGACCUGGCAGGCACAGUAGUGACAGCAGACAGGUUGGCGUAUUGGCAAGACUGUCCAUGCAGAGCCACCAGUUCAGAACGGAGCUGUACCGCAGCCUGCAGCACAUGAGAGCGCAGAGAGCACAGCUGCAGACUAGCCUCAGACAGGAGAGAAAGACCAGUGACAAGAAUAAAGAAUUUGACCAUGACAAGGACCAAAAGGCAGAAGAUUUGACUGUGUGCAAAAGCAAACUCCAGGAAGAUUCAAAGGAAAAGGCACAUGACAGUUGUUGGCUGGAGAAUGAGGAGGAGCAGGUGCUUAUGAGGAAAGCAGAACUGCAAGAGCUGGAGGAGGAGCUGAGGAGGAGAGAGGAAGUGCUCCUGCACAGGGAGGCCUGUUUGCAACAGAAAAACAAACUGGAGAUCAAGAGGCUGCGCUCCAGUCAGGUUCUGAGUCAGGACCUGUUGCGGGUGUCUGUGCAGUUGGAGUCUCUGGAGGAGCAGCUGCAGAGCAGGCAGAAAGGAGGAGUCACAACAGAGGAACUGCAGAAGGAGAGAGACAUGCUUAAAAAGAGGAGAGACACGCUGGAUGCACAGCUGAAGGACAACAGAGUGCUCACUGUGGAGGAGGAACAUUCCCUGCUCCAGUUAGAAGAGGUCAUUGAAGCUCUGGAUGCAGCUCUGGAGUUUAAAAGCUCCUCAAUCCAGGACAAACAGAUAAAGCUGUCAAUCACAGACUCCCCUUCAUGUCAGUCACAAAACGCUGCGCCCGCUCACCUCUGUGACGUCAUAAGCAAACUGAAGCAGCUCUCAUUACCUGAGGCUUCGGAGCUGCUUGUCAAAUAUUUCAACAAGGUGGUUUGUCUUCGGGAGGCGGAGCGUCAUUUGCGUUUGCGUUGUGAAGAGCUGGAACUUCACGCUGGAGAGCAAGAGGUGGUGCUGAGGGAGAUGGAGUCCGCCAUUCAGCAUCUGGCCUUGGAUGCAGACCGCAGGCUCACCCAGCAACACCGAGAUCACCAGAACAACAUUCAGCUGCUACUGCAGAAACUUCAAGAGGGCGUCUCGGGAGAGGCAAAGCAGGCCGUCCAAGACAGACAGCAGAAUCUGGAGAAAGAAUUGUUUUUCUACAAGAGUUCCAGCCGCCUGCUCAAAAAGAAACUCAAAGAGCUUCUUGGUGACGCCCUACACCCUGCUGAGCAACCGUCACACACACAAGAACACAAACAGACACACAGUACACAGAUACACACUAGUACAAACAAAACCCUGACACAAAAUGAAGAAAUAGAGACAAGGACACACAUUGCGACAACAAACACAAAGAUAAACGCUGAGCAAAGAGACAAAAAGACACACAAUGAUGCUCAUAUGGAGAGGCAUGCGCACCAAAUCCCAUGUCCGUCCUCAUCUUCUGACCUCCAAGCACACAAUAAGACUAAAAUGACUACAUAUACCCAGAUACACACACUCGCACAGUCCCAGGGGAAGAAUGAAAGAGGGGCCGAUCUGCCUGGGGAAAGUUUAGAGAUGACACCUGUCCGUCUUUGUCGCAAAAAGCUGAGACAGGUCUCACCGGCUAAUCUGCAGGUAUGUGGUUCUGUCACAAGGAGGAGCCAGUCUGUUGUGGACACCAGCACAGAGUCAAUGUUAGAGGACUCUAUAGAAGUGCCCAGAAACACUGACAGAUGA